GGAAGGAGUUUCCUCUACGGGCGGAAGGAGGGAGAGGUCGUGCUGGGCUCCGCGGCGUCUCCUCAUGGCUCGCGUGCCGCGCACGCUGCUGAUCUUCGGCGGCUUCGUGGCCGUGCUGGGGGCGGCCUUCUACCCCAUCUACUUUCGGCCCCUGAUGCACCUCGAGGAGUACAGUAAGUCGAGCGGGGAGCGCGUUCUGCGCACGCGCGGCCUUCUGCCGCUUGGCCGCAGCCCCGCCCCUGUUCGAAUCUCGAAGGAAUAGCAAGCGACCGUUGGCUGCGCGCGCAGCUUUUCCUCAGAGCGGCCUUUUCCUGCAUCCCCCUCUCGCUCUCCGCUUUACCUGACGCGGGAGCGGAGCUGCACGUGUGAACCCGACAUCGAGGGUCUUGUCACGGACCCGGGUGCAAGGGAGAGUUAGAUGACGAGCCGCUUUGGGCGAUGUGAAGGGAACUUCGGAACUCCCUGCCUCUUGAGAAAUCAGGCAGGCGCCUUCGCUGUUUUUUUUUUUUUUUAAAGGCGCCUGCUGACAAGAAUUCUUAUUAUAGAAAAGCCUAGCCAGGUGCUCAGAAAGCUGAGGGGAUGUUUGAUCCUUAAAAAAAAAAAAAGCAUUUCUGCUUUUGUAGGUUUUUAAAGUAGGGUUGUAGAUUUCCCCCCUCAGUAAAUAAUAAUAAUAAUAAUAAAGUAGGGUUGUAGAUUUUCCUCCUCAAUAUAAUAAUAAUAAUAUUAAAAAGUAGGGUUGUAAUAAUAACAACAUCAAUAAUAAUAAUUGCUAUUAUUAUUAUUAUUUCAGUGAAUCUACUCCGCCUACGAUUUGAUCCUUAAAAAACCCCAAAAAACGUAUUUAUCCUUUUGUAGGUUUUUUAAUUAGGGUUGUAUAUUCCCCCCAGUAAACAACAACAACAACAACAAUAAUAAUAAUAAUAAAUUAGGGUUGUAGAUUUUCCCCUCAAAGUAAUAAUAAUAAUAAUAAUAAUAAUAAUAAUAAUAAAAAGUAGGAUUGUAGAUUUCCCCCAUCAAUAUAUAAUAAUAAUAAAGUAUGGUUGUAAUAACAACAACAAUUGCUAUUAUUAUUAUUUCAGUGAAUCUACUGCGCCUACGAUUUAGUCAAACACAGCUCUCUGACUUUGUUACCUUUUUGUUUCAAUCAAUGGAAAACAUUAUUAUUUCUAUUAUUUCAAUGGAAACACACCCACACCCUGGGUGUUGUAGGGGAUAGAACAUUCCACACAUGGAUUUGUGAUUUUUUGGGGUGGGGUAUUUGGCUACCCUGAGUUACAGUGUAAAUUGGUUUCUUUGGGGGAGGCAAGUGAAAUGGUCCCCAAAACAGCCUAUAAGGCUUUUUCUUCCUUUUAUUUAAAAAAAAAGCCUUAUGCUUCUGAACACAGUGAAUGGGCGUCUCUAGUUCGUACUAUAAUUGCUUGAUCGUAAAAAAACCAAACCCCAGUAUCCUAGAUGAAUUAUGUCAUAAAUCUACUUCUGAGUAAAUUUAUAAUGAAAAGAGCAUCUCCCUGUAUAGGACGUUGGUGGUUCAAGUGUCAUGUUCGCCAUCACCUAGGAUACAACUUCAAAUCUCAGUUUAGUGGACCAAAGAAGCUUUGCCUUUGAGGAAAAAGGAAAGCUCUCUCCGAGGUGCUAAUACCCUAAAGGCUCAUUCACAUAUGAAACUCGUCACUUUAACUGUGUAGUCGUUAAAAAAUAAAUGUGCAUGCAUCUCAAGGGAGAAUUGUGGUCACCCCCUUUCCAGCAUGUGCAAAUGUAGUGCAAUGCUUGUGCAUUCCUUGUGCAUGAAAGUGGGCGUGUUCCUCCCAAUAAUUGAUGGGGAUGUGGGAGCAAUCCAAAUUAAUGUUGAAACAAUUUUUUUAAAAAAAUUCCUUCCAGUAGCACCUUAGAGACCAACUAAGUUCGUUAUUGGUAUGAGCUUUUGUGUGCAUGCACACGAAAGCUCAUACCAAUAACAAACUUAGUUGGUGUCUACGGUGCUACUGGAAGGAUUUUUUAAAAAAAAAUAAAUUUCAACUACGGCAGACCAACACGGCUACCUACCUGUAACUCAAAUUAAUAUUGUUAUUCCUUUUGAAGGAGAGGGACAUUCGUCUCCCUGGCUGGCAUGCAGGCACAUUGCACACAGUAUUUCCUUGGGGUGAUGUUCUACUAGGACCGUUUUGGUUUGUGCAGCUGGGACUGUUGCAUUCAGGACCUGAUUCCCAUAUAUGAAAUACACAAACAGGAGCAGAAGCAUUUAUGACUGGUACCCAUACUCAUCAUACCAUGCUCUCUAUAUAUGAGUAGGGAGAAGGUAUUUCAAUCCUUCGACAUCACAAACCCAAUCAUAGCUGUCAACUCUUCCCUUUUCUUCAACUUUUCCCUUUCCUAUUCGGAAUACGGGAAUUUCCCUUUAAAAAAGGGAAAUGUUGACAGCUAGGAACCAAAUAUGCUUUGUGUGUUUCUGUUCUCUAAUUCUAAUCCAAGAUGAUUAAAAUGUGUAGUUCAGCUUUGGAAGUAAUUUUAUUAAAAAUAAAAUGGGCAAAUUGCACAGACAGUGCUUUCUAUUAUAAAACCAGCAGAGGGAGCAUUGACUAAUGCAGUCUGAAUCCAGAGCCUCAGUAUACUUACACUGUAGAAAUGAAUGGUACAUAUAAUGCCUUCUGGACUCUCUCUUCCUUGCUCCCUAAAGAAAGAAGGCAUACAUUGGAAAGAUGGUGAGAAGGAAUAAUAAGUACAGUAAUACGAGGUUGUAUUUCCGACAGUGGUUCAGAACCUUUAGCAUUGCAUCUGACACAAGAAUGUUACACUUCCUACUGUGAAUAUUCCUUUCUGUUACAAACAGAGUCAGAUGAUUAAUUGUUGAAGAUAAGCAAAGCAGUAAUAGUACACAGUUCAGGCUCUUUGGCCCAUUUUUUCCUUUUACUUUGUUAUCUGAUUUAAAAAUAUUUCCCCAGCAUUUUCAUUUACUAUGGUGCUAAUGUUUCCUGCCCACCUUGGUAAAAAUCCAGUAUUUGUUGGUGCUUAAACCAGUAAUUCUCAAGCUGUGUGCUGCAAUAAAUACCUUAAGUCAGGGGUCAGCAACCUUUUUCAGCCGUGGGCCGGUCCACUGUCCCUCAGACCAUGUGGUAGGCCGGACUAUAUUUUGAAAAAAAGAAGAAGAACGAAUUCCUGUGCCCCACAAAUAACCCAGAGAUGCAUUUUAAAUAAAAGGACACAUUCUACUCUAUGUAAAAACACACUGAUUCCCGGACUGUCCGCAGGCCAGAUUGAGAAGGCGAUUGGGCCGCAUCCGGCCCCCGGGCCUUAGGUUGCCUACUCCUGCCUUAAGUAAUGAAAGAUACCUGUGGGACCAAAAUACCUACUUAUAAAGGAGGCUGCAUCCUUGAACAACUUACUGCUCUGCCCUUAUCUCUCUCUCACCAGCUUCAUUGGUUUAAAGUUAUUCUACUGUGUCUGCCUGUGCGAUAGGAUCAUUCCGUUACCCUGAACAUGGAGCAGAAUUACAUGCCUUCAGAGGAGGCACAUCUAAAACUUGUGGGGAGUCUAGACAAUAGACCAGGCUCCCCGCUGUAGAUAGUUGCCCUUCAUCUUGUGCAGGAUGAGGAGGAAGGGGAUGGAAGAGCUGGGUGAGGGCAGUUGUGGGUCAAAAAAGUGCCUCAUAUAUUCUUUUAGAGAUAGCGAUUAGGGUAGAUGGGUAUUUUGAGCAGGCUGGUGUCCAUCAUUUUCUUCCCACAUUAAGGGAUAAAUGUACUUUCUUACCUACUGUAAUGUUUUGUGUUUACCAGAAAAGGAGCAAGCAAUAAAUCGAGCUGGUGUUAUACAAGAAGAUGUUCAGCCUACAGGUAUAGCUCUAAACGCUUAGUUGAGCUGUGUUUAUGUAAAUUAUGUAUAUCUUAAUACUGGAUUCCAAUUCCAAAGAAGUUGAGAUGCAAAGGAGCUAAUUUAGGAAUUCAUUCAAAUGACCUUUAGUACGUUUCUAAAAUGAUUACUUAGACAAGUAAAAGGUGAGCCUGUUUCAUACAAAAAAAGAUGCAACUGGAUAUGAAUGCUUCAGUACAAAGUAUCCAUGUUGUGAUUCAAAUAGAAGAGCAUCUGUAUGUGUUUUUCACUCUGUUCCACCUUUCAGCUACAAGCUGAGGUUAUUGUACAAAGAUUGGACCAUAGCUUUUAAGUAUUUUGGUGAGCAGCAGAGUUAUGGAUAUACACAGAUCCCCUUCAUACAAGGUCCAGAACAUUUUAUUCUGUACUAAUAUAGUCAUAUGCCUGUGCAAGAAAUUCUGUAAGAAAUUCCCUUUGAUCUCAGCAGAACUGUUGAAAAUACUGUUCUAUCUUUCAUAUAAUUCUGGUAAUAGUCACUUUAUCUAUUUGAAUGAGUAAUAUUCCAACUGGUGUUCUCAAUUGCAACAGCUCAGUCAAAAAUAUCCCUUUCUCGAGCAAGAUGCUCAAAAUGUUCAGAUUAUUCAGAUGAGGCAAAUUAUUGUGACUCAUUUCAGUCUGCAUUCAUGCCUGGUUUUGGCACAGAACAAGUUUUGUUUGCCCUGAUGGAUGACUUGCAUUCGGAGAAACAUGGGGUGUGUAACCCUGUUGAUUCUCCUUGAGCUCUCAGUGACUUGAUAACAUCUGUAUACUGUCCUAUGCAUGUGGGACCAAGAAGAUCACAUUCCAUGUUUCAGACUCUCUUCAGACAUGGUCCUUGUCCAGUUGUUCAAAAUACGUAAUGUACUCACAUGUAUAACUUCAUGCAGAGAAGCUAGGUUGUAGAGAAUACAUGCAUUUAUUGACAUUACAACAGCCUUCUAAAAUGCUUUUUUAUCUCUCCUGUUUUAUCCAAAGGAUUAAAAGUAUGGUCUGAUCCAUUUGGAAGAAAGUAAGGACUUCUUAGGAUCUCACCAAUGAAUGUAUUUUCCCUUAUUCCAUCAGUGAUGCUUCUGGUUCUUUGAGUCAACCAAGAUCAUGCAGAAAAAGAACUCCACACAUGGAAUUGUUUUAUAAUAUCACUUUACAUAAAGAGCAGUAGCAGCUGUUGGCUCUCAAGAGAUAAAGCCCACUUUUCCCCCAGUGAUGUAGUAGGAAACGCUGCACUGAAUGUUUUCUAUUAACCAAAUGGAAUAAUUGCCUUUUUCUUCAUUGGAGGAAUGAAGGAGAAUUGCUUUGGUGAAUGUAGUGUAGACAUUACCAGAGUAGAUUAUGGAACUAAUGAGGUGUGAGAGAGUUUUAAAUUAUGUACAUUGAUUGUAACAUUUUGUGUUGAACUAAACUGUAGUACUGCAGUUCAGUUUUCAUGGAUUUUGUUGUUAAGAGAAAAACUCAGUUUCAGAUAACUUAUUAAUGUGUAAACUCGCUGUUCAAAAGUAAAGAUUUGGAUGCGUUGACUUAUUUCUGUAUAUAAAUCUUUUGAAUGAC